UUCCGAGCUUGGCGCGGUGUUGUUCCGUGCAUCCAGGCUGCUGCGUGGUGGGUGGCAUGUAUCGGGCGAAUGGGGACGCGCGUGGGGACACGGGGGGAGACGGCACUGCUGCUGCCGGCCCCUUCAGCUUCAGCCCGGAGCCCACGCUCGAGGACAUCCGCCGCCUCCAUGCGGAGUUUGCUGCUGAACGAGACUGGGGCCAGUUCCACCGGCCUCGGAACCUCCUGCUGGCCUUGGUGGGGGAAGUCGGGGAGUUGGCGGAGCUCUUUCAGUGGAAGCCUGAUGAGGAGCCUGGCCCCCAAGCCUGGUCCCCCAGGGAACGGGCAGCCCUUCAAGAGGAGCUUAGUGACGUCCUCAUCUACCUGGUAGCGUUAGCAGCCCGCUGCCAUGUGGAUCUGCCCCAAGCGGUGCUCUCCAAGAUGGACCUCAACCGCCGGCGCUACCCAGCACAUCUGUCCCGUGGCUCUGCCCUCAAGUAUACAGAUUUGCCCCAUGGGGCCACCUCUGAAGACCAAGCUGUGGGGCCUGCAGACCUUGACUGUGAGUCCACAGGCCAGGCCUCAACCUAGAAACAUGGGCACAGGACUUGCAACUCAGCAUGGCAUCUGAGAAGCAGAGAGUGGCCUGGCCAUGGAACUUUGUUCUAGUCUUUUCCUAACAGAUCAGGGGCCUGGGGGCCCUACUUCAUAAGGUCUGCGGCCCAAGAACCUCCAGAAGACAGCCUCCUGGUAUUUUUCACUCUCAAUAAAAGUUCUGGCUAGCAA